UUCUGACAGAAAAACUUGAGAACCUGAUUUAGCAGAAGGAGCAAAUAAUAAUUUUUAUUCUUUUUCUCCCCCUUCUGAGUUUAGGGAGAACGUGGAUUUCCUGGACCUUCUGGAGAGAAAGGCAGCAGAGGGAGAUUGGUGAUGUACCCCUUACAGUAAUGCUUAGAUUUUAUGGAAACAUCUUUCCAAAGUGUCAUGCUGUCUGUAAUGACUGUGAGUUGUUUUUAAUAGCUGCCUGUUCUCUAAUAUGCUGUCACUCCUGCUCUAAAUCAGUGUAGCUCCACUGACUUCAACAGAUCUGGCCCUCUGCUGCCACAGAUACUAUUUAUAAUUGUACCUGAAUUGUUUGUGCUCUCUUUAUGAAUUUAGGGCAGAAAAGGCCCCAGAGGAGAACCAGGUGAACGAGGAGAAUCUGGACUAAGAGGAGAUCAUGGAGAUCCUGGGGCUAACAAUAAUGUUACUGGCCCUAAGGGUGAAAAGGGAAACCUAGCAUCACAGGGAGACCCAGGCCCACAAGGACCCCAAGGAGAACAGGGUGAUGCUGGCCUAGAUGGUGCAGCAGGUCGAAGAGGCCCUCCAGGUAUAAAGGGUGAGCAAGGAGAUCUGGGAGAAACAGGUUACCCAGGAGAAACUGGUCUUCCAGGCCCCCAGGGCCCAAGAGGACCACAAGGAAUCAGAGGACCUCCUGGACCACAAGGCAUGCCAGGCCCUCUGGGUAGUCUGGGAAUGCCUGGUUCACCUGGCUCUGUUGGAAAGUUAGGUGUAAGAGGAGCAAAGGGUGAACCUGGUGACCCUGGAGAGAAGGGCUUAGCUGGACCCCCUGGACAGAGAGGCAUUCCUGGCAUGGAUGGCAGAGAUGUCUAUGGUCCUGAAGGAAGCAAAGGAGCAAAGGGAGAAUCUGGAUUCAUAGGAUAUCCUGGUCCAGAGGGAGAAGAAGGAGAUCAGGGCAUUCCAGGAGCUGAAGGACCCAAAGGAAUUAGGGGUAGAAGAGGUAAUUCUGGCACACCAGGUUCCCUGGGAGAUCCAGGUGACCAAGGGCCAUCAGGACCUAUGGGUGCCAAGGGACCGGUGGGCACCAUUUUAAUGGAACCUUGUGAACUUGUGAAUUUUACCCGAAAAAACUGCCCAUGCUCAUCAGACACAUGCCCAGCUUAUCCAACUGAAGUGGUUUUUGCCUUGGAUAUGUCUGAUGAUGUUACACCAGCUGCAUUUGAAAGAAUGAGGAACAUUGUUAUGUUAUUGCUGAAGACCAUUAAGAUCAGUGAAAGCAAUUGCCCAACAGGCGCUCGUGUCUCUGUUGUUUCUUUCAAUACCAACAUGCACUACCUCAUCCGAUUCUCUGAAUUCCAAAAGAACAACUUGCUGCUACAAGCCAUCCAGAGCAUCCCACUAGAGAGAUCCAGUGGAAAACGAAAUAUUGGGGCAGCCAUGAGAUUUGUUGCAAGACAUGUCUUCAAACGUGUUCGUCAGGGCAUCCUCACAAGAAAAGUUGCCCUGUUUUUUGCCAAUGGUCCAUCACAGGAUGAUGUAGCCAUCAGCACAGCUGUGCUUGAGUUGAGUGCCUUGGAUAUCACUCCAGUGGUUAUUGCCUUCAGUGAGGUGCCAAAUGUCAGACAUGCCUUCUCUAUUGAUGACACAAGAAGAUUUCAGUUAUUUGUUUGGGAAAGACAACAAGACGAAAAUUUGGAGGCCAUCACAUAUUGUACACUGUGCUUUGAUAAAUGCAAUCCAAGAACCAACUGUGAGGUGCCUUUUUCUCCCGCGGUUCAGAUGGAUAUGGAUAUAACUUACGUCAUGGACAGCUCUCGCAGCAUUAGCAGUGAAGACUUUCAGAGAGCCAAAGACUUUGUGAGCAACAUGGUGGAUCAGUUUGUCGUUUCCUCACAGCCAAAUGAAUCAUAUGGAGGCAUCAGAGUGGCACUGGUGCAGCAGGCUCCCAGGGGCUUCCUGCCUGACAGAAACCAGACACCUGUGGCCUUGGAGUUUGACCUAGUCACAUACAGCAAUAAAGAUUUGAUGAAGAAACACAUCCAAGAGUCUGUUCACCAGCUGGAAGGGCCAUCAGCCAUUGCUUCUGCUCUACAGUGGACAGUUGAAAAUGUAUUCUUUAAAGCCCCCAGACAAAGAAAGCACAGGGUCAUAUUUACAAUAGUCGGAAGCAAAACAAGCACAUGGGACAGAGAAAGGCUGAGAGAGAUUUCACUCGGAGCCAAGUGCCAAGGGUUCACCUUAUUCACUCUUGCACUUGGCAGUGAUGUGAGUGGCAGUCAGCUGAUGGAGCUGUCCAGCUCCCCCACAGAUCAGCACUCACUGACACUGGGCAGGUUUGCCACCCCAGAGAUGGUGUAUGCUCAGAGGUUUAGCCGGGCAUUCCUAAAUCUUCUACAACAAGAAAUGAACAGUUAUCCUUCACCUGAACUUCAAGAAGAGUGUGAAAAUUUAGAUCGGGGAGACAUACAACAGGAAGCAUCCGUGACUGAAAGAAUACCUUUUCCUGGAAUGGCUGAAAGUGGUUCCAGUGAAGUUUUAGAAGACACGGAAAAAAAUAAAAGUAGAGUCAUGAAGAGGAUGAAAGAGAACACCAAAGAGCCUGUAUACAGAGUGCCAGAAAUGAGAGAUGAUUAUGAGGAGAAUGCGUAUUUCACAGAGGAAAAUGCUAAAAGGGAAAAGCCUCAAGAGUGUGGAAAAGCUCAGGAGAAGAACAAGAAAAACUUAGAGACCACAGCAGAAACUAGAAGUGGCUGUAAUGAUUAUGGUAUGAUUCUAGAAUAUGAAAAUCUUUUUUAAUUUAGUAAAAAGACUAAACUGUGAAGGACUCAAUUGAAUAUUUUUACAUGAUGAAGGAUUUCCAGCUACAUUUUUUCAAAGGUUUUAGUCAUCACAUGUUAGUAUUUAGUCCAAAACUAUAUAGUAGUUAAAGACUGAACUACAGGUGUCAUUAUAACUUCAGUUUUGAUUUAUGAAUUUUGUAACAAUAUCAUAUAAAGUUCUAAUCCCCCUUACUAAAAUAGCCAAUAAUUUUAAAAUCCCCAAGUUGCUCUGUAAUUAGUAACUCCUGCUGCUAAUUUAGCUCAACAUGGAGGAAUUAAUUAUAUUUCUGCUACAGUCUGUUCCUGUAGGAAGAACAGGAUCCAUCAGCAGAGGUAUCAAAAUAUAUAUUCUUCAUGUUUUUAACUGUACUUUGUAAUGGUGCAUUUUUCAUUGCAGAUUUGCCAUUAGAUAUAGGCAUGGGAAGCUGAUUGUGAGAUUAUUUGGCACCAACGUUCUUAAAACACUAUUGAGUGAAUUUAUUGUUUAAACUACAAUUAGAGAUAAUUUAUGUGAAAAUAAAUGAAAAGGUGUCUGCGUAGAUUUGAGUGCGGUUGUUCAUUUAUAUUGAUGUUAUCCCUUCGUUUUUCAUCCCUCUCCACCCAAGAAUAGUUCUGGAAUUGUAGCCUCAUUCAGGAUGAGAGAGGAUCAGUAACAGGAAGAUAUGUUACUGUUUAUACUUUACUAAUAAAAUAUUUCCUUUGAUGAAGUAGUCAUGGUCACUGCACUUAAGUAAGAAACUACCUAAGCCAUUUAUGAGAGCUGUAUGAACUGUCGUCCCCAAUCCUGUAUUGUAAUUAGUGACCCAAAAGUUUACUUCAAAAAACAUGUAGCCCAGCUCCAGAG